AUGAUACUUUCCAAGACGUGGGCGAGCCUUCUCGUAUCACUCCAAUACUCGCCAACUGGUCAAUUCAAGCUUGUGUUAGAGGUUCUUGCGUUUCUGUUCGCCAUACACCGGAUUGCUGUGACCAUCUACCGGCUAUGGUUUCAUCCUCUGUCCAAGUAUCCAGGCCCCAAGUGGUGGGGAGCAUCGGAUCUCUUUUGGCUGUGGCGGGCCAACGUCAGGGGCACCUACACUCGUGAGGCUCCGGGUCUUCAACGGAAGUACGGCAACAUUGUGCGCCUCGGGCCGGACCGCCUGAUGGUGGACGGCAGUAUUGCCUGGACGCAGAUUUUCUCGCUCAACACCACGGUUCACGGCAUAGAUGAGUUCUCCAAGGUGCCGAACCAGCUGUUUCCAGGCGAUUACAAGACAAUCGUUGCUGCGCCGCGGGACGAUCACCGCCGUAUGCGGCGCCAGCUCAACCAUGCCUUCAGCGACGCCGCGCUCAAGGAGCAGGAGGGCAUCAUCGGUCGUUACGUCGAGAAGCUGGUCGACCAUCUCGAGCAAGCAACGAGGCCUGUGGACAUCGCCACCUGGCUAAACUACACCACCUUCGACAUCAUCGGAGAUCUGACAUUCGCCGAGUCUUUCCACAACCUCGAUGACAGUAGCUUUCACCCGUACGUUUCGGGCUUCUUCAGGGCCAUCCGCGGCUUCGCGUACAGCCGGAUGAUUCUGGCCAAGCCGCACUUGACGCCCUUCUUCCUGGUGUUUGUGGGCUGGCGUGAGAUCUGGACCGCCGUGUCGACCAUGAUGGACAAUAUGAAGCUAGGCGACUCCAAGGUGAAGGCGCGCAUGGCCAUGGGCGCUGAACCCAAGGACGGCCGGCGCGAUUUCAUGACGUACAUGAUGCGGGAGACCCGCGACGGAAAGCCAGGAUUCUCGGAGCAGGAAAUCAUGAUGAACAGCGGGUUGCUGAUCGGUGCCGGGAGCGAGACCACCGCGUCGGCUGUGAGUGGGUUUUUCUUCUUCGCCGGCAUGUCGCCCAAGGCACUGGCACCGCUGAUCGAGGAGAUCCGGUCCGCGUACAAGACCGAGUCUGAGAUCAACCUUGUCAAUACACAGCAUCUGCCAUACUUGCGGGCGUGUAUGGACGAGACUCUGCGCUGCUUUCCCACUGUCGUCGAGACACCACCUCGUCAAUCUCCUGGGGCCAUGUUUGAAGGCAACUGGGUCCCUCGCGGUACACUUCUACAUGUGAACCAAGUGGCGACCAUGCGAAACAGCGGCAACUUCAUUGACGCGGAGAUUUGGUGUCCGCAGCGUUGGCUCCCUAAAACGCAUCCGCUGUACGAUCCAAGGUUUGAGGCCGACAACAAGGCGGCGUUCAAGCCCUUUAGCUAUGGGCCCCGAGACUGCGCCGGGAAGAAUUUGGCGUACUCGGAGAUGCGGCUGAUGAUCUGCAACAUCCUACACAGGCUGGACUUUGAGUUGGUCGAGGGCCAGGAGAAAUGGUACAUUGACAAGCACGUUUGGAGCGUCUGGGAGAAACAGCCGUUGAACUUGAGAUUCCGGGCUAGAUCAGAGAUCUGA